UCUCUCUCUGCUCAGGUAGACAUUACUCCUCUUUAUCUGAACAUAGACAAUAGUUGUUUGCUGCUCUGAAGACCGAAUAACCUUUAAAUAAUAAUCACAAUGCCACUAUAACUUCAUGGGGCACAGGAGUGAUUUGCAGGAGUGAAAUGAGUCACGGUGUAAAUUACCUGGGGGAUAUUUCAGGCUAUUUUAAGGAUGAACAGUGGAGAAGGUGGAACAGCUGGUCCUCUCUUGUGCUUUAAAUCCACCUUUAAAUCCUCCUCCUCUGUGCUCUCGUCUCCUCCUCCAGCAGCAGCAGCAGCUCCAGCAGCCUCCACCGCCUCUCUGCAAACUAAGCGUACCUUUUUAAACACAAACCUUCUCUUAAACGUCAUUUAGAGGACAACAUUGUGUCUGCAGUUUCAAUACAAGUUUUUUUUUUUUUGCAUCACAUGGAUUGUGUGUCCCAUUGAUGAUUUCCGGAUCGCAGGGAUACCAGCUGCAGGUCUCAUGGCAGCAGUUACAUGCCACCUUUCAGAUGUGUCCCAGCUUUGGAAAAACUGACUGAUGUGACCCCCGGGACCUCCUCUUUGCUCAUCAUCAUGGGAUGUGGCACCUCCGUUGCUACGGAGACACAAGGGAAAAGAGUGGAGACAGAUGACACAGUUAAGACUCCCAGCCCAGCUCUGACUAUGAAGGCAGCAGUUUUGAUCCAGCGGUGGUACCGGCGCUACAUGGCCCGUCUGGAGAUGAGGCGCAGGUACACCUGGAACAUCUUUCAGUCCAUUGAGUAUGCUGGGGAACAGGACCAGCUACAGCUCUCCAGUUUCUUCAGUUUCAUGCUCGACAACUUCACUCAGCUGAAUGGAAAUGGACCAGACUUGAUCUCCCAGCUGUUGGACCCGGUGGUGGACCCCUGGUUAGACAAAGAGACCUGCUACAACUUGAUCCCCGUUCCAGAGUCGUACGCCGGACCCAGACUCUCGUUUCCUCUCUCCGUCUCUGAUACCAAUGCUCUCCUCGGUGCAUUCAAAGAGCAGCAGACUCUACAUGCCAGAUAUGUUCUGCAGCUGCUGUACAAGACCAAGAAGCUCCUCAAACAGAUGCCCAACAUCAGCCACUUGUCGACAUCCUACACCAAUGAGAUCACUAUAUGUGGUGAUCUGCACGGGCGUCUUGAUGACUUACUUCUCAUAUUUUAUAAGAAUGGCCUUCCCUCUGCGGAGACGCCAUACGUGUUCAACGGAGACUUUGUGGACCGUGGGAAAAAGUCAGUGGAAGUGGUUAUCCUCCUGUUCGCCUACAUGCUGCUUUACCCCGACUACAUGCACCUGAACCGAGGGAACCAUGAAGACCACAUAAUGAACCUCAGAUAUGGGUUCACAAAAGAAGUCAUGCAGAAGUACAAGACUCACGGCCGUGAGAUCCUUCAGCUGUUUCAGGACGUUUUCAGCCUUCUGCCCGUGGCGACGGUGAUUGACGGAAAGAUCCUGAUCGUUCACGGAGGGAUAUCAGACCAGACCGACCUGGACUUCCUCAGCUCCAUAGAGAGGCACAGGGUGAAAUCUGCCCUGAGGUUUCCCAGACGUAGUUUGGAGCAGCUGGACAUCGGUCAGUCCUGCAGACAGAUGAAAAGAAUGAGAUCUACCGCCAGCUCUCGUCCCGGCAGCAGUCGCAGCCACAGCAAGAACCAAAGAACCCCCAACCAGAGAAAGAGGCAAUGCCGUCAAGACAGCGCCGUCUCCACUUCUUCCUCCUCCUCAUCAUCGUCCUCGUCCUCCUCUUCACUCUGCUCUCCUCGAACUCCAUCGUGCCUAUCGCCUCGUCCGUGCCCGUCUUUUCCCAACAUGCCUUACACUAUCAACGGCCUCCAAGUGCCUUUCCUGGACUCUCUGUCCUCUGUCCCCCCUCCUUCACCUCCACAACAUGAUCGGGAAUGGAAACAGAUAGUGGACAUAUUGUGGAGUGACCCUAAACCCCAAGAGGGCUGCAGUCCCAACACAUUCAGAGGAGGAGGCUGCUACUUCGGCCCUGACGUCACCCAGAGACUUCUGCUCCAGCACGGACUCCAGCUACUCAUCAGAUCCCAUGAGUGCAAACAGGAGGGAUAUGAGCUCUGUCACGGUGGACAGGUGAUCACCAUUUUCUCAGCGUCAAACUAUUACGAGGAGGGAAGCAACCGCGGUGCCUACAUCAAAGUGGGCCGAGAACUGGUUCCCCGCUUCUACCAGUACCAAGUCAGCCGCACAACACGCAAACUCACCCUGACACAGAGAGUCCGAGCUGCUGAAGGCUCCGCUCUCAAGGCCCUGAAGGAGAAGCUGUUCUCCCAUCGCUCUGAGCUGCUGUCGGGCCUCCAGCAGUACGACCAGAAUAACACCGGUAAUGUGUCAGUCAGUGAAUGGGCUCAGGUGUUGGAGUCUGUGCUGAGACUGGAUCUGCCCUGGAGGACUCUUCGUCCACACUUAGCCCGCCUGGCACCAGAUGGCAGUGUGGACUAUCAGUCCUGCUUCGAGGAUAUGGAGCCAGGGAUUCCUCUGCCUCAGGUAAGAGAGGUGACUCCAAACUUGGCUGAAACUCUGUUCAGAUACAGGACAGACAUUGAGAUAAUAUUCAACAUUAUAGACAAAGACCACUCAGGCCUGAUCUCCAUCGAGGAGUUUCGUCACACCUGGCGUCUCUUCAGCGCCCACCUGGGGGUCGACAUCGACGACAGAGCCAUCGACGAUCUGGCCCGAAGUAUCGACUUCAACAAAGACGGCAGUAUAGACUUCACUGAGUUCCUGGAGGCCUUCAGGGUGGUGCACAAACUAGACAACAAGGAUCAGCACAAGUAUUCGUGAAUGGGAGAAUCUGAAUAUGACAGCGUGGAAGUCCUGCAGGAUCAGCAGUAUGCAAGGAAAGUAGGGAAGAAAUAAUUUAGUAUUAAGUUGUUGAAGGAAAAAUAACCCUCUGAACACUAAAACGUAACAGCGAUAAGUGUUUUUAGCCACUGAAGCGGUGGAUCUACGGAUGGCAUUGUCAGUCUGUAGGUUGCUUCCAUCCACCGCUUUGGUUUCAAAGUGAAAUAUUUCAACCAAUAUUUGAUAGAUUGCCUUGAAACUUUGUACAGACAUUCAUGUUCUCCUGAGGAUAAAAGACCUAAGACUUUGGUGAUCCACUGACUUUUCAUCUAGAACCACCAGCAGGCCAAAGAUUUCAAUACAUUGAGAUAUCUCAACAUCAACCAGAUGGAUUGGCAUCAGUUUUAAUACUGACAAUCGUGGUUCCCUGGUGAUGGAUCCUAAUGACUUUUGUGAUUCACUGUCUUGCCAUCUAGUGCCACCAGCAGGCUGACAGUUUUGAGCGUUUCGGCGUGAAAUGGCUCGACAAACGUUGGUUGGAUUGUCGUGAAAUUUGGCAGCAUUUAGAAGGAUAAUGGUAAAUGGCUGCAUUUAUAUAGCGCUUAUAUCCAAAGAGCUUUACAAUUUGCCUCUCAUUCACCCAUUCACACACUCACACACACACUGAUGGCAGCGAGCUACCGUGCAAGGUGCGGACCUGACUUUCGGAGCAAUUUAGGGUUCAAUGAUACUGUAAAGUCACUAAGAACCCACACAAACUUCGACCUAGUAAAAAAAAGAUGCUAGAAAAGGUCUGAAGCAGGUUCUGAGGCGACAUAUAAUAGGUACAGUUUGAUUUAGAUGUCACUUCUGACAGCAGUUGCAGACUUGUGAGAAACAUUAUAGUGUAUAACCGAUAUACAACAGGAGUACCAGCGUGAGGCCACAUACUGUAGUAUUACAUCAUAUAUUGAUGCCUGAAGGUUUCAGCAUUAGAGACAACAGAAACACGCUGCUACUAAUAUUAGUUUCAGCCAGUGUGUGUUCAGCUGUUUACCAAAAAUAAAUAAAAUGGCUUUUUUUAAACUAA